UUUGCUUUUGGACCUCAUAGGGGCAGGAGGAAUCCAAGCAGGCCCAUCAGUCCUGGGGUGGCAGUGAAGGGGUCUUGGGGGGCACCAAAUCCCCUCCAGCCCCUUCUCCAUAGGGACUGUUGUCAUCAAAAGAAAACCAACUGGGAAAAUGAAGAUCUGCUGGAAAGUUCCAGUUUUUUUGUUUAUAUGUAGUUUCCUGGGACCCUGGGCAUCUGCGACUGUCAAGCGUCGCCCAAGGUUCCCUGUCAAUUUGAAUUCCGAUGGUGAAGAUGAACUCUGCCCUAAGGUCAGGAUUGGCCAAGAUGACUUACCAGGGUUUGAUCUGAUUUCUCAGUUCCAAGUAGAUAAAGCAGCAUCUAGAAGAACUAUCCAGAGGGUAGUGGGCUCGACUGCAUUACAAGUCGCCUACAAGUUGGGAAGUAAUGUCGACUUCAGGAUUCCAACCAGGCGCUUAUAUCCCCGUGGACUGCCUGAAGAAUACUCCUUUUUAACUACUUUUCGGAUGACUGGAAGCACACUUGAAAAGAACUGGAACAUUUGGCAGAUUCAGGAUUCCUCUGGGAAAGAGGAGGUUGGAGUGAAGAUUAAUGGCCAAACAAAAUCUGUUGCAUUUUCAUACAAGGGACUGGAUGGAGGUCUUCAAACAGCAACCUUUUCCAGCCUGCCCUCCUUGUUUGACUCUCAGUGGCAUAAGCUCAUGAUUGGUGUGGAGAGGAAUAGUGUUACUCUCUUUCUUGACUGUAACAGAAUUGAAGCCUUACCUAUAAAGCCAAGAGGCCAAAUCAAUGUUGAUGGCUUUGCUGUGUUGGGAAAACUUGCUAACAAUCCCCAAGUUUCUGUUCCGUUUGAACUUCAGUGGAUGCUGAUUCAUUGUGACCCACUACGACCCAGGAGAGAAACUUGCCAUGAGCUUCCAGUCAGGCCACCGCCCACUCAGCCCACCGAGCAGAGAGGACCCCCGGGUGUACAGGGCCCCCCAGGCCCCCCUGGGCCCCCUGGAGUUCCAGGCAUUGAUGGCAUCGAUGGUGAACGAGGUCCAAAGGGUCCCCCAGGUCCUCCGGGUCUUGCUGGAGAACCAGGAAAACCAGGAGCUCCGGGCAAGCCUGGCACCCCAGGCGCAGACGGAUUAACAGGACCUGAUGGAUCCCCUGGUUCUGUAGGACCGAGGGGACAGAAAGGAGAACCUGGUGUGCCAGGAUCUCGUGGAUUUCCAGGCCGUGGUAUUCCAGGACCCCCUGGUCCUCCUGGGGCAGCAGGACUCCCUGGAGAACUGGGCAGAGUUGGAUCAAUUGGUGACCCUGGGAGAAAAGGACCACCUGGCCCCCCUGGCCCUCCAGGACCUAGCGGAACCAUUGGCCUUCAUGACGGAGAUCCGUUGUGUCCUAAUUCAUGCCCACCAGGUCGUUCAGGAUAUCCAGGCAUACCAGGCAUGAGGGGUCAUAAAGGAGCAAAAGGAGAAAUUGGUGAACCAGGAAGACAAGGACAUAAGGGUGAAGAAGGCAUGCAGGGAGAACUGGGAGAGGUUGGAGCUCAAGGACCUCCAGGGGCUCAAGGUUUGAGAGGCAUCACUGGCAUCACUGGGGACAAAGGAGAAAAAGGUGCUCGAGGCUUAGAUGGAGAACCUGGGCCCCAGGGUGUUCCAGGUUCCCCCGGUGAACAAGGGCGGCGUGGACCUCCAGGAGAAGCAGGUCCCAAAGGAGAGAGGGGGGCUCAAGGUUCUCGAGGAAUUCCUGGCCUCCCUGGGCCCAAAGGAGACACGGGCUUGCCAGGUGUGGAUGGCCGUGAUGGGAUACCUGGGAUGCCAGGAACAAAGGGAGAUGCAGGGAAACAUGGACCUCCUGGUGAUGCGGGACUGCAGGGGUUACCUGGUGUUCCUGGAAUUCCUGGUGCAAAGGGGAUUGUUGGUGAAAAGGGAAAUACAGGUGCUCCUGGGAAGCCUGGUCUAAUGGGAAAUUCAGGCAAACCGGGCCAACAGGGGCCACCAGGAGAAGUGGGGCCCAGAGGCCCACGGGGGAUUCCUGGCAGUAGAGGAGAAACAGGACCAGUAGGACCACCAGGUAUACCAGGUAAACUGGGUGCUCAUGGUAGCCCUGGCCUCCCUGGCCUGCCUGGUCCCCCUGGACUUCCUGGAAUGCGAGGUGACAGGGGUGUAGUUGGUGAACCUGGUCCAAAGGGUGAACAGGGUUCUUCUGGUGAAGAAGGUGAAGCAGGAGGAAGGGGUGAACUUGGAGAUAUAGGAUUACCUGGCCCAAAGGGAUCUGUGGGUAACCCUGGGGAGCCUGGGCUGAGAGGGCCUGAAGGAAUCAGGGGGCUUCCUGGAGUGGAAGGACCACGUGGCCCACCGGGACCUCGAGGUGUGCAGGGAGAGCAGGGUGCCACAGGCCUGCCUGGAAUCGAGGGCCCUGCGGGUAGAGCACCGACAGACCAGCACAUUAAGCAAGUUUGCAUGAGAGUCAUGCAAGAGCAUUUUGCAGAAAUGGCUGCUAGUCUCAAACGUCCAGAUUCUGGUGCUUCCGGCCUCCCUGGAAGACCUGGACCCCCUGGAGCCCCAGGGCCUCCCGGACAGAAUGGCUUCCCUGGCCAAAUGGGGUUGCGUGGUCUCCCAGGUAUCAAAGGACCCCCUGGUGCUCUUGGACUCAAAGGGCCUAAAGGUGACCUGGGAGAAAAAGGGGAGCGUGGCCCUCCAGGAAGAGGACCCAAAGGUUUGCCUGGAACUACAGGCCUCCCAGGUGACCCAGGCCCUGCCAGCUUCGGGAAGAACGGUCGGGAUGGUGAGCCAGGUCCUCCAGGGGUGGCGGGAAUUCCUGGGGUCCCUGGGCCUCCAGGACCUCCUGGCCUCCCUGGAUUCUGCGAGCCAGCCUCCUGCACUGUUCAGGCUGGUCAAAGAGCAUUUAGCAAAGGACCAGAUCAGUGACAGGCUUAGAGCUGACGGUCUGCAU